UGCACGUGAUAGAAACUUGCAAUUCUGGAGAGGCUAAAAAUAAAUUUUUGACGUGCCUGUCACAUAGAAAAGACGUUCGUGGGCAGAUCGGAGUUCAGUCGGAAGAAGAAAUUCAGACGAACAAGUCAAAGUCAAGCUUGAACUCAAGACCACCAUGCCUGAUACCUCGUCCACGCAAAGAGGUUUAGACGAGCCAGAUGUUGGAAUGGUAAAUCGAAGACAAUAUCGUCCGGAAUGUGACCCCAGAAAGGAUAUACUUCGCAAACUGUGGAGUGACGUAAGGAAGGAAAAGAGCGAGACAGGACGGUUUCGUCUGUUGGCGAAGUCCAUGCGGACUGUGGUACAGAAGAAGGAGGCUGACAAGUGGAGAAAGGUCCUGCUGCACAUGGGACAAUUCUCCAUGCCGCAGAUGUACACAGACUUCCUGAACUUCACUCACAACGUGAUCUUAGACAGCCUGGUGGAAUUACAGAAGAUGUCGAAGUCGUCUUCAGUGCGGAAACUGGCGGUUGUGUCAGAUUGUCGUGCCAAACCCACCAUCUUGGAUCAGAACACCUGGCUGGAGUUCGUCCUGGCGCUGGGCGUGCCCGUGGAGGAUGCCGGGAGUUCUGCCGACCUGAGCCGGACGUCCGUCUGUCUGAGCCGUCAGACGUCUGCUGACGACCUCUGCACGGUUCUGCGGCUACUGGACGCUCUAAAGACUCUGGGGAUCGAACCCGUCCGCCACCUCAGUAACUCCACAUCUGACGACAGAAGAAGAAUGCGGGACUUGUUGGGCCUGUACCUGCAGUACCCUCAGAUGGAGCUGGACCUGACAGACGACAGAAUCCAGGGUUUGUGGGGGAAGUACACUCCUCAGAGGGAACUCCUGGAGAGACUGGGGCUACAGCAGUGCAAGGAGGACAACUUGAAGUUCAUCAGAAGACGGGAACGAGAUGGGAAAGAAAACGCUUCGCCUGAUUUCUCUCUGUCCUCCACUGAGCUGGGUUAUGUGUUGUUAUCAGCGCUGUGUCCUCCUGUCAGUUAUGAAACACAAGUUUAACCCUUUGAGUGUUUGUAUUGUCAAAAAUGUAUCACAUUUGUAACCACGCUUCAAGGACGUUGAGACAUAUACACCUAUGUUUUUUAACCUCUACGUAACCUUGAAAACGUACGUAUACAAGGUACAAUCUUCGGCCUAAGCCGCUUAAGGGAGGAUAGUCAAGGGUCCUGUUUAAAUGCAUCGUUAUGCAGGUUUCAACAAUAUGUUAUAAUAAUGCAUGCAAGUUCAGAAAUCAUAAAGAUUUAAAAGUGCUAAUCGCCGACAAUAACAUUUCAUAUUCCAUAUAGCAACAUAUUUCUCCUGUAGUGGUUCAUCCCAAUGUAUUUUAACAGUAUUUCGUCUCAAUUGAUUACCGUCAACUAUGGUAAUGUUGUUAAGAUUGAAAUAUUAUAAGUAUACGUGACGCCGCAGGCUAACAGAUUUGUUCUUUGUCUAUAGAUCCUCCCUAUUUUGUAAUAAACAUGCAAUGUUAACCA